CUCCAUUCAUAUGCGCAACAAACGUUAGUUUUACUGCAAAAAUGGGAGGAAAUAAUCCAACUAGCGCGCAAGCAUCUUUCUGGAAAACCUUCGCAUGACUACAUCAUGAUCAACACACCCUCAGAAAAGUAGGAUUAGACCUCGAUAAACCUUUAUGAAUAAACUAGGGAUGGAUGACUCAAACUGACUUCUUGAACUACAUCACUUUUGUGCAAGAUGAUAUUUUUCACAAAAAGUUAACGAAAUAUUUUCACAAGAAGUUCACUUAUCCAGAGAUUUGUCUGACGUCACUCGGUGGUUGCCAAGGUUACAGGAGAAGAAACAAUAUGGCGGCCCGAAAGACGGUAAAAAAACCUGACAAAACGACAAUUUUACCUCCCCUAACCUCAAAUUAUGUUCGACCGAAGCAAAAAUCUGGCAAAAAGUUAGGGAACUUUGGAGCUUAUAUUCUAUUACCUUCGUUGGAUCCUGUGCAAAAUAUGAACGCUAUUUACGAUGUUAGAAUGUUUUGUAAACGUCUUUGUGAGAGGUAUCUCGCUUGGAAAGUUUGGCAGAGAGAAGUGUUACUGUGCAGUUUGUCUGAGAAAUGUUCCGUUAAUUUAUUAACAUCGUUAUCUACCAUACUGGAACCUGUAUUUCAUCGGGAUUUUGUGUCGAGAUUGCAUGGUAGAUACCCCGAUUUUCAACCAAAAAUUUUGUGUGUGAAGAAAAGAUUAAAAAGAGUAAAUAAAAGCAUUGACGUUGAGGUUGAAAUCGACAAGAAGACAUUAGAUAAUGUAAAUGACAAAUCAAUGGUUGAUAAUGUAAAAUAUGAUGAAGGUAAUGAAAUAUCCACAGAACAAGUGGAAGCAAGUAUUGGGGAGCAACUGGAUGAUAACAACAGAUUACCAUUAACUGAUUUGAUAAAAGAAAGUUUAGUAAAAGCUGAUAAAGAAGCAAGAAAUAUAACAAAUGCCACAACAUGUGAAGCAGACAAGUGUAGGUCUUGCCACGUUCACACUGCAAAUAUUUACAACCAAGAUACAGGCACAAGAUUUUUCUCUGCAUCACGUUUUAAAAGACUAAGCGAGAUGAAAGCAAAUUGUUCGCAUAAAUCCAGGUCAGAGCUUGGGCCACGUAUCAGUGAGUUGGAUCAAAAGUGUUUUAAGCAUCGUCGGUGGUGGUCAGCAGAUCCAAAGGAGAAGCGUUUAGUUCCAGCGAAAGGUUUAAGUUUAUGGAAAUAUUUCAGUCGACAGCUAAAUGAAGUGAAUGAGAGAAUGGUAGCAUGUGGUGAUCAUGAAAGAGUUCAUAUCAUUUCUGAAGUCAUCAAAUCAUCAGAUCCAGAGCAGAUUAAUUUUUUUGCUCAAUGUCUAAUACAAAGACUGAAAGAUCACACUGACCUGAGCAUCCUUCCUGAUCAAACUCUUCUCAAGAUAUUUUCCACACUUGAUGCAAAAACGUUAUGCCAAAUUUCUCAGGUGUCAAAAAGAUGGCGAUAUUUAGCUGAGGAUGGAGAAUUGUGGAGGAACAAAUGCCGUCAGUUAGGAUUAUCAAAUGGGGUCAAUGACCUGAUUGUCUUGAUUGAGAAAUCUGCUGAGAAUCACACAAUCGACUGGAAACAAGCUUAUCAAGAGGUAUUGAAAUUAUUUCAGCGAUCUACACAACAAAACGAGAGUCAAGUCAAGAUUCAAGAGGAUGAGGAUAUUGAAGUUUUAGAACCAGUGGAGCCUACGAACGCAUCAUCAGAGUCUCAAAUAACUCAAAUAACUUCUGAAAAUGACGAAAUUAGCGAGCAGGAGUUAAGUACAACAACAGCUGACAUUCAGGUGGAGUAUUUUGAUCUGACGCCCGUUUCGGACGGUGAUGUGGCGUCAGGACCGAGUUCACCUGUUGAUGAUUUGGUGGGAGGAAAUAUGACCAUGUUGGAAGACGUUUUAUCUGAAUUGGGUGAUGAUGGAAAGCAAAAAGUAGAAGUCCAUGAAGAAAUAGCUUAUGAUAUUAGACCAAAUAAAAUACAACCACUAAACGAAAUGGAGGAUUUUGAAAAUGGCAAUCAUCAGCUGGUCACAGUUGGUGUUCAUGAUGUCAAGUCUGUGAAGAGAGUUCGCAAGCUUCAGGGUCAUAUGGAUGGCGUGUACACUGUGCAGUUUGAUCUUAAGAGAUGUUUGACCGGAUCCGCUGACCGUAUUUUGAGGAUGUGGGAUGUCAGGACUGGACGAUCGAUUAGAACAAUGAUCGGUCAUUUGGGCGGUGUUCGUUGUGCACAGUUUGAUAAUGAAAAGAUCCUAAGUGGGUCAUGGGAUACAACAAUUAUGAUUUGGGAUGUUGUAAAAUUCACGUGUAUUCGUAUUUUGCGUGGUCAUCAGGGAUGCGUGUCUUGUCUUCGUUUUAAUUCAAAAUAUCUUGCAAGUGGUUCUCAUGAUAUGACUGUCAGGAUAUGGGAUGUGGAUACAUGGGAGUGUUUACGUGUUCUUGAGGGACAUACAGGUGAAGUGACGUGUCUAUUCCAGGGUAGAAGAGUUUUGCUCACUGGUUCCACAGACAAGACUAUCAAACUGUGGAAUGUUGAAAGCGGUGAAUGUGUGAAGACUUUGCUAGGACAUAACAGCUCUGUUCUUGCUGUCCAGGUCUGCCGUGCCCUCGUCAUCAGUGGCUCUGAAGAAGGCAAAGUAAUGUUCUGGGAUAUCGAACAAGAGUCACCUGUGGCGAUUAUUCAAGCUCAUGACGGACCAUGUAACUGUCUGUAUGUUUGGGGUAGUCAUUUUCUUUCAGGGGGAGGAGAUGCUUUAGUGAAACAGUGGGAUAUCAGUACCAUGACGUGUCUUCGAACUUUACAAGGACACAACGGGCCAGUGCAGGCUGUCAAGAUGAACUGGAGUAAAAUCAUUUCGUCCUCCGAAGAUGGAACUGUUCGAAUUUGGGAUUUAGAAGCGCCUGUUCAUAAGCUUCAUCGUCAGUACAAUAAAUUGGAAAACUCUUUGCUCCCUUUUGAUACAUUGGAACAAGACGAUAACGAGCCGUAUAGGAUGCCGUGAUGGUGAUGGAUAUAGAGGAAGUUGGUGGAUGUCAAUGUGCAGUAUGUGAAACCUUACCCCUUUAUAUCUAUUAAUAUACCUUUAGCACAAAAUGCGCGCCCAAUAAUUAUAGCCACGAAAAUGAUAGCUAUUAUUUAGGCAACUGUCGAUUGCUAUGGUGACAAUAUGUAAAUAUGUGUAAACAGUUUGAAUUGAAAUAUCUGCAAAGGUAUGCGAAAUAUUUAACUGAGAACGAACGUAUAUGUAUAAAAUGUAUAUAAAUAUAGUGAAUCGUAAUGGAGAUGAAUUUAAAACUACGACUUAGCUGCGAAAUUACAAGGAAAAAGAAAUAGAUUAAAACGAAAAGUACGAGAUAUAUGUUUAAAGAAAUUCCGAUUAUGAGUUUGCAUUGGCAUUGCAUGAAUUGAUCGAAUUUUUCUUUCGGUUUUAAUCAUUCUCUGAGACGUGCCUCUUCUUAACGUCAACAAACAGAGUUUGAUUUAUGAAGACUUUCAGUUUAUUGGAUAACAAAAACAUAGUUUGAUUGUUUGACAAUUAAAACAAGUCAAAAUGACGGUAUGUUAAAAAAACAAACGUUCACAAAGUCUGGGUAUGCUCUUCUUGGCAGGAAAACAAUCAAUUCAUAAACUUUAUCGUUUUUUUCAAAAGCAACAUCCUGAGUGUUUUCAUUCUAUUCAACAAUCCUGCUGCUUUCUUGUCAACCGCACGACGUGAUAUUCUAACUUCCCGCGUGGCAUAUAAUAUACUAACACAAUAUGAUAUGGUCACAUUUGUCGAUCGAU